UUCUUUUCACAUCGGUUUUCUAAUAUCAGCUUAAACCUACCACAAAGCUUUGUUUCCAUCGUAUUCUUUUCACAUCUCCAGCAAACAACUUUCAGCCAUUCUCUGUUCUCCUUUUUCUUUCUCUUUAUUGAAUCUUUCUUUUCUUAUGCAAUUUUUUUCUGUUUUUUUUUUGAACUAUGUUUUUCUGUUGUUUUUCCAACUCUAUUUUUCGUUUGCUUUUUUCUAUCCUUUUUAGGAUUUUCCCUUUCACUUUGCUAGUGUACAGAAAGAAAAAUAGCUGUUGUGAACGAUUUCCCUUCCCUCCGGGUAGCAUAAAUAAGGAAAGCUUGAUGUUCAAGUUUCCCAUAUUUCCUUUCUUUCUGAAUCAAUCAAGUAAUCAUAAUGCACCACACCCUUCCAAUUCCAAAAUCAUAAUUGAUUCUGUCCGUCGUUCUUAUCGAUCUUUCCGUCUCUCCCUCCUGGGUCAAUCUUCAAUCUCUAUCUUUGAAGAUUGUUUAUUGAAAUUUGGGUCUCUGUGUUUAGUUUUUAGUGAGAAGGAGCUGAAUUCCAGGAUUCAGCUCGAACAAUCUGCAACUGUGAAGGUUUUUGCUGCAAGAAGUUGGAAAUGAAAUCUAGAAGAGAAACAACCAUAAUCUAAGAGAUUAUCCUUUUUGUGCUGAAAGUUCCCUUUGAUUUUACUUAUCAUUUUGCAAAGUGGUAAAUUGAAAAUAUCUUUA